CCGGCGCUAGGCCGGCUUGUCUCCGCGGGCCGCGGGUGAGGUGCCGGUGGCCGAGGGCGCGCGAGAGGCCGCCAGCCACGCGGCGUCGGGUAGACGCCGGAGCGUCCGAGUCGUUGUGUCGUGACCACGACUCUGGUGGCUGUCUCCGUGACAGCAGGUGCGGCCGCUGCGGCCCCAGGCGGGCUUGGCGGCGGCCUGGCGAGCGUCUGCUCGCGCCCAGCCCUUCCCUUUCUGGACCCGGCGCCAAGCAGCGACGCUGAGCCGACCGCCGGAGGGGCGGGCAAUGGCGGCCUCGACGGCCUCGCACCGGCCCAUCAAGGGGAUCCUGAAGAACAAGAGCUCGACGGCUUCCUCGGUGGUGGCCUCGGCCGAGCAGCCCGGCAGGAGUGUGGACGAGGAGCUGAGUAAAAAGUCCCAGAAGUGGGAUGAAAUGAACAUCCUGGCAACAUAUCAUCCAGCAGACAAAGACUAUGGUUUAAUGAAAAUAGAUGAACCUAGCACUCCUUACCAUAGUGUGGUCGGCGACGAUGAAGACGCACUGAGUGAUUUAGAAACCACCGAAGCCCUGGCCCCAGAUAUCUUAGCUAGGAAAUUAACUGCUGCUGCUGCUGAAAGCUCGGAACCAAAGUAUCGAGUUCGUGAACAAGAAAGCAGUGGAGAUGAGGAUAGUGACCUGUCACCUGAAGAACGAGAAAAAAAGCGACAGUUUGAAAUGAAAAGGAAGCUUCACUACAAUGAAGGACUGAAUAUUAAAUUAGCUAGACAGUUAAUUUCAAAAGACCUACAUGAUGAUGAGGAGGAUGAAGAAAUGUCAGAGCCUGCAGCUGGAGAAAGCAUGAAUACAGAAGAAUCAAAUCAAGGAUCUGCUGCAAGUGACCAACUGCAGAACAAAUCACAGAGUUCAUAGAAGAGAUUUGUUCAGCACAGUAACUGUCAGAUACAAACCCUGUUACUAUAAUAUACUGCUUCUUGUUCUCUGCAAUUCAUGACUUAAGUACCAACGUGCAUACCAGUUAUUAUAUAUUGCCAAGAAUUAAAUAACUUUAGAGACUGAUUAGACUGAAAAUGCCUAAUUGAUACAUAUAUUCUUGUGCCUAGUACUUCACCACAAAUACAGCAAUGUCAUCAGUCCAAAACUACAUUACUUUUGUAAGAACGCUGGUUAAUUUGUAUAAAAUAUAUAGCUUUUUAUGCUUUAGAAGUUAAUAUCUUUUGGGG